CACCUCUCCGCCUGUGCAACACACACUUUACACACGCACGGGGACUGCAAGCGGGCAGCAUCGAUCGUGGCUCCUUUAAGACAAACUCAGACAGACAUUUUUUUUAACCCUCCUCCUCUAAUCUCCCUCCAGUGCAGCAGUUGCAAAGACGGAGAGAGAGAGAGAGAGAGAAAGAGAAAGAGAGAGCGAGCGAGAGAAGAGAGAAACUGAUUAGGAAUUAGGACUGAUUCAAGGGAAGCGAACGCUAGGGCUUUGUGCAUUUGAAUAUUAACAUUUGAGGUGUUCUGACCAGAAGAAGACAGAGCGGAUGAUCAUUCAUUCACCACGUUGACAACCUCGCCUGUGAUUGACAGCCGGAGUGGCAGAAAGCCAUGAGAUUUGGUAGUUGGGUCUGAGGGGCGCUCUUUUUUUUUUUUUUAACUGAUUUUUUGGGGAGAGAAGAUCUGCUUUUUUUUUUUUUUUUUCCCUUGCCCCUGCUGCUGUCUUGGAAACGGAGCGCUUUUAUGCUCAGUGACUCGGGCGCUUUGCUUCAGGUCCCGUAGACCGAAGAUCUGGGACCAGUAGCUCACGUUGCUGGAGACGUUAAGGGAUUUUUCGUCGUGCUUUUUCUUUUCUUUUUUUUUUCCGGGGGAGUUUACGUAUUUGUUUCUUUUCACACUGGCCUUAAAGAGGAUAUAUUAGAAGUUGAAGUAGGAAGGGAGCCAGGGAGGCCGAUGGCGCAAAGGUACGACGACCUGCCCCAUUACGGGGGCAUGGAUGGAGUAGGCAUUCCCUCCACGAUGUAUGGGGACCCGCAUGCAGCCAGGUCCAUGCAGCCCGUCCACCACCUGAACCACGGGCCUCCUCUGCACUCGCAUCAGUAUCCGCACACAGCCCACACCAACGCCAUGGCUCCCAGCAUGGGUUCCUCGGUCAAUGACGCUUUAAAGAGAGAUAAAGAUGCCAUUUAUGGACACCCCCUCUUCCCUCUCUUAGCACUGAUUUUUGAGAAAUGUGAAUUAGCUACUUGUACCCCCCGCGAGCCGGGGGUGGCGGGCGGGGACGUCUGCUCGUCAGAGUCAUUCAAUGAAGAUAUAGCCGUGUUCGCCAAACAGAUUCGCGCAGAAAAACCUCUCUUUUCUUCUAAUCCAGAACUGGAUAACUUGAUGAUUCAAGCCAUACAAGUAUUAAGGUUUCAUCUGUUGGAAUUAGAGAAGGUACACGAAUUAUGUGACAAUUUCUGCCACCGGUAUAUUAGCUGUUUGAAAGGGAAAAUGCCUAUCGAUUUGGUGAUAGACGAUAGAGAAGGAGGAUCAAAAUCAGACAGUGAAGAUAUAACAAGAUCAGCAAAUCUAACCGACCAGCCCUCUUGGAACAGAGAUCAUGAUGACACGGCAUCUACCCGCUCAGGAGGAACCCCAGGCCCUUCCAGCGGGGGCCACACGUCACACAGUGGGGAUAACAGCAGUGAGCAAGGUGAUGGCUUGGACAACAGUGUAGCUUCCCCCAGCACAGGUGACGAUGAUGAUCCAGAUAAGGACAAAAAGCGUCACAAAAAGCGUGGCAUCUUUCCCAAAGUAGCCACAAAUAUCAUGAGGGCGUGGCUGUUCCAGCAUCUAACACACCCUUACCCUUCUGAAGAACAGAAAAAGCAGUUGGCACAGGACACAGGACUCACCAUCCUUCAAGUGAACAAUUGGUUUAUUAAUGCCCGGAGAAGAAUAGUGCAGCCCAUGAUAGACCAGUCCAACCGAGCAGUAAGUCAAGGAACACCUUAUAACCCCGAUGGACAGCCAAUGGGAGGUUUUGUUAUGGAUGGUCAGCAACACAUGGGAAUCAGGGCACCAGGGCUGCAAAGUAUGCCAGGGGAGUAUGUAGCCCGGGGUGGUCCAAUGGGUGUGAGUAUGGGACAGCCAAGUUAUACCCAACCCCAGAUGCCCCCCCAUCCUGCUCAGCUGCGUCAUGGGCCCCCCAUGCAUACGUACAUUCCUGGACACCCUCACCACCCAACAGUGAUGAUGCAUGGAGGACCGCCCCACCCUGGAAUGCCAAUGUCAGCAUCAAGCCCCACGGUUCUUAAUACAGGAGACCCAACAAUGAGUGGACAAGUCAUGGACAUUCAUGCUCAGUAGCUUAAGGGAAUAUGCAUUGUCUGCAAUGGUGACUGAUUUCAAAUCAUGUUUUUUCUGCAAUGACUGUGGAGUUCCAUUCUUGGCAUCUACUUUGGACCAAGGAGCAUCCCUAAUUCUUCAUAGGGACUCUUAAAAAAGCAGGAAAUAUCAACCGAAGUCAAUCUGGGGGACAUGCUAAAUAACUAUAUAAGACAUUAAGAGAACAAAGAGUGAACUAUUGUAAAUGCUAUUAUACUGUUAUCCAUAUUACGUUGUUUCUUAUAGAUUUUUUAAAAAAAAUGUGAAAUUUUUCCACACUAUGUGUGUUGUUUCCAUAGCUCUUCACUUCCUCCAGAAGCCUCCUUACAUUAAAAAGCCUUACAGUUAUCCUGCAAGGGACAGGAAGGUCUGACUUGCAGGAUUUUUAGAGCAUUAAAAUAACUAUCAGGCAGAAGAAUCUUUCUUCUCGCCUAGGAUUUCAGCCAUGCGCGCUCUCUCUCUUUCUCUCUCUUUUUCUCUCUCUCCCUCUCUCUAGCCUGGGGCUUGAAUUUGCAUGUCUAAUUCAUUUACUCACCAUAUUUGAAUUGGCCUGAACAGAUGUAAAUCGGGAAGGAUGGGAAAAACUGCAGUCAUCAACAAUGAUUAAUCAGCUGUUGCAGGCAGUGUCUUAAGGAGACUGGUAGGAGGAGGCAUGGAAACCAAAAGGCCGUGUGUUUAGAAGCCUAAUUGUCACAUCAAGCAUCAUUGUCCCCAUGCAACAACCACCACCUUAUACAUCACUUCCUGUUUCAUGCAGCUCAAAAACAUAGACUGAAGAUUUAUUUUUAAUAUGUUGACUUUAUUUCUGAGCAAAGCAUCGGUCAUGUGUGUAUUUUUCCAUAGUCCCACCUUGGAGCAUUUAUGUAGACAUUGUAAAUAAAUUUUGUGCAAAAAGGACUGGAAAAAUGAACUGUAUUAUUGCAAAUUUUUUUUUUUUUUUUUGUAAAAGUAGCAGUUUGGUAUGAGUUGGCAUGCAUACAAGAUUUACUAAGUGGGAUAAGCUAAUUAUACUUUUUGUUGUGGAUAAACAAAUGCUUGUUGAUAGCCUUUUUCUAUCAAGAAACCAAGGAGCUAAUUAUUAAUAACAAUCAUUGCACACUGAGUCUUAGCGUUUCUGACGGAAACAGUUUGGAUUGUAUAAUAAUGCCAAGCCCAGUUGUAGUCGUUUGAGUGCAGUAAUGAAAUCUGAAUCUAAAAUAAAAACAAGAUUAUUUUUGUCAUGCUGACUCCACUGCUUGAAAAAUUUGUUUACUGCCCCCCAAAUUUUUCAUGAUGAAUGCAGUAAAUAUAAAAAAUAAUUUUAGCUCCCUAAGAUAUAUAUGCAUUUGAAAAUUUGAACCACAAAAUAAAUUAUUUAAUAAUAGUCACUGAUUUCUUUAAGCUGACUUAAUGAACUCCUAAUAUCAGCAAAUUUAAGGCCUGAGGGCACUAAGCUAACUGCAGACUCAGAUUACAGCCAACAGAAUUACUCAUCUAAUAUCAGUGAAAUUAUUCUUGUACAUGAUGGUAAACCUAAAGGACUGAGUUACAUCUUUCACUAAGGAUGUUACCUAGGAUGAGCAGUAUAUGUUUAUUAGGAAAUUAACUACAUGAAUGAAGAGACCAGACUUCAAAAAUCUAAUUUUUAUAAAUAUGCUCUAUGUUCUCAUUGGAUCAAACUGGUUAUUAACCAAUUUUCCAGAACAGCUGUACAGAAUUUCGGCAUGGCAGCCAGCUAAAUGGUACAAAAUAACAUGUUUAAGCUGGAAUAGCUUAUAAUUUUAUUGAAAUAAAAUUGCGGCUAUAAAAAGUGCUUCCCAAAGCUAAGGAAAAUAUACAAAUAUUUUAAUUAAGGCAGAUUCGUUUUUAAAAAAUCUGGCUUUUAGUAGUGAUUGCUUUGUAAACAAAGGAUGGGUCGAAGGAGAGUGCCUUAAACUCAAGCCUGACAUUCAGGCCCGUGUCACCCUAUAAACCCGCCCUGAACAAUUCUAUUUUCUAUUUGAAAAGAGAAACCAGCUGUGGGUUGGGUUUACUAGGUGGCGUGUGAUUGACUGACUCACCUGCUGGAGCGGCCGUGCACUCUCUCACCUUUUGUUUAUGGGGCCUGGUUCCUAAACACGUGGAUCCGGAGAAAGAGAGCGAGGCUCGACCUUCUGCAGCCUCGCACGCAGCGCCCUACCCCGCCCCCACCCCGUCUAGGGGAUUGUUUCAGUUUCCCACUCCGACCCAGUGGCAGUUCUUCGUCUACAUAAACAGUCCAUAUUCGUGGAAUAAUUCUCUCUUGAUAGGUGGUUACUAGCCGUUAACAACCAUUUAUUUACUUUCAAAAUUAAUAAUAAACUUUAUAAACUAA